AUGUCGUCUCUAAUCCAAAGGAGUCGCCCCAGCAACCUACUAGUCCCACAAACCGCUGCCAACAGCGUCUGCAUCUCUUGUCUCGCCAGACUCCGCCAGCAGUUACACUCACACUCGCAAUCACAAUCACAAUUGCAGUUACCCGGUAACCAUGCAACCGCUGCACCGUUCCACAGUUCCGCCGUAAAUUCCCUUCCGCGGGGGGAAUGGAACCCUUCUCCCUCUUCAUCCUCUCGCUCCAAUUCUCACUCUCGAAAUGCUGUCGGUGGUGGCCGUGGAAGUGGUGGUAGUGGUAGUGGAGGCUAUAGUGGUGGUGGUGGUGGUGGUGGUAACACCGGUGGCGGCAGAUCAAAAUCCCAAUUUCAAGGUCACAGAGCAUUGAAAUCAAUAGUUCACAAACCUUCUCGUAUGACAUUAUCCGAAAAAGUGGCUAGAACACCACGGUCGACAUCAGCUUCAUUCGCACAAGGAGAUAGAAGAUCGAAGUCGUUGGACAGAAGACAAGAACCAACCGUGGACACAGGUGGCGGGAUGAACAGACGCGCUUUCAAACUCCGAUCGGAUGAUAAAUCGCAAUACUCUCGAGAAACAGAACGGAGAAAACGUGAUCUAAGAGAAACAACAUUACGACCUUCGCCUUCUCGGUUUCAACAAAGGCCUGCUGUGGAAUUGAAAUCGGAAAGACGGUCUAGUGCUUCAAAACAUGAUACGGAUAAUAGUACCAGCGGCGCGGAAAAAUCAGAACGUCGCCUCGCAGCUGCAAAACUCGACGGAGAAGGAGGGACAGAAAAAAAAUAUACUCGUCCACCAAUUCGUCGAUUUGGUCAAAUGAAACAUAUAGCUUCCCUAGACCACGUCUCGUCCCGAACUCGUGAAAUUACGCAUGCGGCAGAAGAACAAUUCAAUACCUUCGAAACAUUUGAUUUACUGCCCCAAACGCUCGAAGCCCUUUACAAGGACGCUCUAGAUGGUCUGGAAGGUGUAACUCCUACUCCGGUACAGAGUCUAGUGAUCCCAACUCUCCUCGACAAAUCUCCAGCGCCACCACUUAAACCCCUCCCAUCCGAAAACAGCAGACAUAAGAAAUCAAAGGACCCAUUGGAUCCAGGACAAUUCGACCGCGACGAAUCAUCACGCCAAUCCUUCAAAACAUAUCUAAUCGCUGCAGAAACAGGAUCAGGGAAAACACUAUCUUACGUCCUCCCGCUAAUGGACACCUUAAAACGUCGAGAACUCUACCAAAAGUCCAUCACCGAGGCGGAGGAAUCACAACAAUCCGAAAUCCUGGAACAGAAGGGUAAAUGGAUGUUCGACAUCCCCGCCCCACCGGUAACUCAAGACACCACAGUCGGCAAACCAUUCGCCGUAAUCCUCGUCCCUACUAGCGAAUUAGUCUUCCAAGUCGGCUCCCUCCUCAAAAAGCUUUCGUUCAUAAUAAAACUCCGCACGGAGAUGAUUUCAAAGGACUUUUCGGGCGCCGUAAUCCGCAGUCGACUUUUUAAAUCCUCAACUCCGGAUAUAAUAGUCGGAACACCCUUCAUGGUCGAUAGAAUCACUGAAGCAAACCCUUCGAUGCUUCACAGAACGUCUCACAUUAUAGUAGACGAGGCGGAUUCCCUUUUCGAUCGUUCAUUCUCAACUCUAACGGGUCCAAUUAUCUCCCGUGCUCUCAACCUCGAAAAAUUAGUCCUUUGCUCCGCUACGAUCCCAAAAAGUCUGGACACCUAUAUCACCAAAAAGUACCCAGAUUGUAAACGUCUUGUCACCGCAAACCUCCACGCCGUACCACGAAGAAUUCAACUACAAGUCGUCGAUGUAAUGAAUAACAUCUACAAAGGCAGCAAACUCCGAGCCUGUGCCCACCUCUGUCAAACAAUCGUGGGCGACUCCACAGAACCCGGAUUCGCAAAGAGAGUAGUAGUCUUUGUUAACGAACGAGAAACAACGGAAGAAGUGACAAAUUUCCUGCAAGAAACUGGGUUUAAUGCCGUAUCUAUCAAUCGUGAUAGUGAUUCUAGAAAGAUUUUGGAAUCUUUUACUGAAGAGAGGGAAGCUUCGACGGCGGAUUUGGAUGGGGCUAGAAAAGGUGGGAUGAAGAUAUUGGUGACUACGGAUUUGGCUAGCAGAGGUGUCGAUACGAAGAAUGUGAAGAACAUCAUACUUUAUGAUGUUCCUUAUACUAGUAUUGAUUUCAUUCAUCGGUUGGGGAGAACUGGUAGGAUGGGAAGGAGAGGAAGGGCGUGGAUCUUGGUUGACAAGGAUAGUAACCAGGAAUACGUGAAGGAAGUGAGGAAGACUAUGUUCUUGGGACAGGCAUUGAUCUAA